CCCGGCCUGAGAGAGCGGUGGGCAGCUGCACCGCACCGCCAACGGCCGCGAGUGGCGAGCGGCGUAGGUCCAGCUCCCGCGGCGGCGCCGCUGGCUGCAGUCUUGAGGGUGUGCGGCCGGAGAGGUCCAGCCCACUCCGCGGAGGGGCCGGCCGCCCCGCCCCCUUCCCCACCUACCUCCCUGGCGCCCCCCUCCCGGGCUCGCGCUCCCGACGCUCAGCGAGGCUGCUUGGGAGCCCGGGGUUCUCGCGGAGGCGGUGGCAUCGCCCCCGCAUUCGGCCCCGCCCCCUCGCGCCCCGCCCCGUCCCCGCCCUCUCCACCGCCCUCUGCGGGAGCCGGGCAGCUGCAGCGGAGCCGUGGAGCGGGCGGCGGGGUAGGGGCAGUGAGCUGGGGGAGCGCGGGAUGUGAGGCUCGGCGGGCCGCAGCGCGCACGGACGGUCGGACGGGCGAGGGGAGGCGACCCCUCGCGGACGACCGGCCGCGCGCCGGGCAGAGGACUCGCUCUCUCGCUCGCCCUUGCGCGAACCCCGCGCCCUCCAGCGCGCCGGCGGGACCAUGAAGAAGUUCUCUCGAAUGCCCAAGUCGGAGGGCGGUGGCGGCGGCGGCGGAGCGGCGGGUGGCGCGGCCGGCGGGGUCGGGGCCGGCUCCAGCUCCGGUAGCUCGUCCGUGGGUGUCCGGGUGUUCUCGGUCGGCCGCUACCAGGUCACCCUGGAGGAGUCGCUGGCCGAAGGUGGAUUCUCCACGGUUUUUCUGGUGCGGACACAUGGUGGAAUCCGCCAUGCAUUGAAGAGAAUGUAUGUCAAUAACAUGCCAGACCUCAACAUUUGUAAAAGGGAAAUUACAAUUAUGAAGGAGCUGUCUGGUCACAAAAAUAUUGUGAGUUACUUGGAUUGUGCUGUUAACUCAAUUAGUGAUAAUGUAUGGGAAGUGCUUAUCUUAAUGGAAUAUUGCCGGGCUGGGCAAGUAGUGAAUCAGAUGAAUAAGAAGCUGCAGACAGGUUUUACGGAAGCAGAAGUGUUACAGAUAUUCUGUGAUACCUGUGAAGCUGUUGCAAGAUUGCAUCAGUGUAAGACUCCAGUAAUUCACCGGGAUCUGAAGGUAGAAAAUAUUUUGUUGAAUGAUAGUGGAAACUAUGUACUUUGUGACUUUGGCAGUGCCACGAAUAAGUUUCUUAAUCCUCAAAAAGACGGAGUUAAUCUAGUAGAAGAAGAAAUUAAAAAGUAUACAACUCUGUCAUACAGAGCCCCUGAAAUGAUCAACCUUUAUGGAGGGAAACCCAUCACCACCAAGGCUGAUAUCUGGGCCCUGGGAUGUUUACUGUACAAACUUUGUUUCUUCACUCUUCCUUUUGGUGAGAGUCAGGUUGCUAUCUGUGAUGGCAGCUUCACCGUCCCAGACAAUUCUCGUUACUCCCAUAACAUACAUUGCUUAAUAAGGUUCAUGCUUGAACCAGAUCCAGAACAUAGACCUGACAUAUUUCAAGUGUCCUAUUUUGCAUUUAAAUUUGCCAAAAAGGAUUGUCCAGUCUCCAACAUCAAUAAUUCUUCUAUUCCUUCAGCUCUUCCUGAACCGAUGACUGCUAGUGAAGCAGCUUCUAGGAAAAGCCAAAUAAAAGCCAGAAUAACAGAUACCAUUGGACCAACAGAAACCUCAAUUGCACCAAGACAAAGACCAAAGGCCAACUCUACUACUGCCACUCCCAGUGUGCUGACCAUUCAGAGUUCAGCAACACCUGUUAAAGUCCCUGUUCCUGGUGAAUUCGGUAGCCACAGACCAAAAGGAGCACCGAGACCUGGAAAUGGCCCCGAGAUUGUAUUGGGUCAGGGUCCCCCUCAGCAGCCUCCACAACAGCAUAGAGUACUUCAGCAGCUACAACAGGGAGAUUGGAGAUUGCAGCAACUACAUUUACAGCAUCGCCAUCCUCACCAGCAGCAGCAGCAGCAGCAGCAGCAGCAGCAGCAGCUACUUCAGGAUGCCUACAUGCAGCAGUAUCAACAUGCAAUGCAGCAGCAACAGAUCCUUCAGCAACAGUUUUUAAUGCAUUCAGUGUAUCAGCCGCAACCUUCUGCAUCACAGUAUCCUGCAAUGAUGCAGCAGUACCAGCAGGCUUUCUUGCAGCAACAAAUGCUAGCUCAGCAUCAGCAGCCUCAGCAACAGGCGUCUCCUGAGUAUCUUACCUCCCCUCAAGAGUUCUCACCGGCCUUAGUUUCCUACACUUCAUCACUUCCAGCUCAGGUUGGAACUAUAGUGGACUCCUCCUACAGUGCCAAUAGGUCAGUUGCUGGUAAAGAGGCAGUUGCAAAUGUUACAAGUCAGAAGAACAUCAGUAACCCACCUGAUAUGUCAGGGUGGAAUCCUUUUGGAGAGGAUAAUUUCUCCAAGUUAACAGAAGAGGAACUGUUGGACAGAGAAUUUGACCUUCUGAGAUCAAACAGGCUCGAGGAGAGAGCAUCCUCAGAUAAGAAUGUAGACCCACUUUCUGCUCCACAUAACCAUCUUCCAGAAGAUCCUUUUGGUUCUGUUCCUUUCAUUUCUCACCCAGGUUCUCCGGAAAAGAAAACUGAACAUUCAUCUACGAAUCAAGAAAAUAGUUCUGCAGACCCUAUCAAGAAUAGAAAAGCAAGUCCAGUAUCUAAAGACCACCGGACUGGAAAGAAAACCUCAGAGAAUUCACUGGUACAGGGUCAAGUGCAAAAGCGGAAUGAUGAGUCUGAAAGUGAUUUUGAGUCAGAUCCUCCUUCUCCCAAGAGCAGUGAAGAGGAGGAACAGGAGGAUGAGGAAGUUCUUCAGGGAGAGCAGGGAGAUUUUAAUGACGAUGAUACUGAACCAGAAAAUCUGGGCCACAGGCCUCUCCUCAUGGAUUCUGAAGACGAGGAAGAAGAGAAACAUAGCUCUGAUUCUGAUUAUGAGCAGGCCAAAGUGAAGUACAGUGACGUGAGCCCUGUCUACAGAGACAAAUCUGGCAGUGGAUCAGCACCAGGUCCCACCGACACACUUCUCACCCCAACCCGGUUACCCUCCGAUGUUGGAGUGGAGGCUCCCAAACUGGAAUUUGAUGUGUUCGGCGCUGUCCCCUUCUUCGCGGUGCGUCCUCAGCAGCCUCACCAAGGAGAGAAUGAAAAGAACUUCUGUCAGCAGACCCUGUGUCCUGCUGUGGGUCUAGAGCAGGAGGAAUUUGACGUAUUCACAAAGGCACCCUUUAGCAAGAAGGUCAGUGUACAAGACUGCCAUGGAGUGGGUCCUGAGGCACAUGCUCUCCCUGGUGGCCCCAAAAGUGUAGAUAUAUUUGGCUCCACUCCAUUUCAGCCUUUUCCCACAUCAACAAGUAAAAGUGACAGCAGCGAGGACCUUUUUGGGCUUGUGCCCUUUGAGGAAAUAACUGGGAGUCAACAGCAGAAAGUCAAGCAGCGGAGCUUACAGAAACUGUCUUCUCGCCAAAGGCGCACCAAGCAGGAUCUGUCCAAAAGUAACGGGAAGCGGCAUCAUGGCACGCCAACCAGCACAAAGAAGACUGUGAAGCCUACCUACCGCACUCCAGAGAGGGCUCGCAGGCACAAAAAGGUGGGCCGCCGAGACUCUCAAAGCAGCAAUGAAUUUUUAACCAUCUCGGACUCCAAGGAGAACAUUAGUGUUGCACUGACCGACGGGAGAGACAGAGGGAACGGCCUGCAACCCGAGGAGAAUCUGUUGGACCCCUUUGGUGCCAAGCCCUUCCAUCCUCCAGAUCUGCCAUGGCACCCUCCACAUCAGGGCCUGAGUGACAUCCGUGCCGACCACAACCCCGUCCUGCCUGGGCGGCCACGACCGAGUUCUCUGCAUGGCUCAUUCCAUAGUGCAGACGCGUUGAAAAUGGAUGAUUUUGGUGCCGUGCCCUUUACAGAACUUGUGGUGCAAAGCAUCGCUUCACAUCAGUCCCAACAGUCCCAGUCAGUUGAAUUAGACCCCUUUGGUGCUGCUCCAUUUCCUUCUAAACAGUAGAUACUUCUGACGGACUCUUGGCAUUAACUCCUGUUUCAAAAAAGUAUGAAUAGUUUUAUGAAUUUGAAAGAAAAUUUAUUUGUAUAGCUCUUUAUAUCAUUCAUUCUUACAGGUCAAUCAGAAUAGGUGAUUUUUAAAUAAACCAAAUAGUAAAAGGAAGCAUCUCCACAGGGUAGUGACUUCCCAUCUCUUCCACACAGGAGGAGCUCAACUGUUAGCUCUACCCCAGAUUUCGGCCACCAGAUGUGACUGCACGGACAUCCAGGGGAAGAACGUGCCGCCUUUCCAGUUGUGGAGCCACUGAAAAGGGACUGGAAAGGGGUGGCAUUAUUUUUAUAACAGGAUGUCACUUGUGUGUUCAUUUCCCAGGCUCAUGUCAGGAUCCAGCAUUUAAAACUAAGGUUAUUUGUACAUACAUAGGUUGCAUUUGUGGAUUUUUUAAAGGUCUCUUCUGAUUUCCACACAGUAAAAACAAACUCUGGUUCUCCUCAAGAAUUGGAAAGUUAUUAUCUGGAGAGAGCAGAAAUUUCAGUCUUUACACCUUUCUCAAAGAGCAGAGCCAGAAGUAACUGUUGUGCCUAAAACUGUUUCCUUUUAAAAAAACAAGUGCCAUUAAUAAUGGAAUAUCUAUACAGAAGCCUAGAACACAAACUAAAGAGUAGUAGCUGACGUGUGGAAAAUGUAAAAGAAAACAAUACAGAAGAGAGAAAAAAACCUACUUCAGGAACACUUGAUAAUUGUUUUUGAAUGGCUUCUUGUUCACAACUUUUACUGUCAUGUCCCUAAUAAAGCAGAUUGUUGGAAAAA